UUGAUUGGGUUUUCAAGCACUUCUUUCCUAGAACUAUUCCCACAGGCAUAAUGGAUUAUUUGGCUCUUUGGUCUCUCGCUCGCUCACUCGAUGUGCGCGCGCGUCAAUCUAGCUUAUGAACCUUUUUUUUCUUUUGGUGAUGGACUUGUGAUUAGGUAAUCUUGUAUCUGCUUAGCUGGUGUCCCUGUUUGAAAUUUUGCUUGAAUUGGAACUUGUGCUGGUUCGAUGAGAUCACUGAGGUUAUGAUGAAAAAUAAGAUUGUUAAUAGGUGGUAUUGUGGCGGAUUCUUUUUGGACAUAAGAAAAUUUUCCAAUCUUUGGGUUUGAAACACUUUUGGCAUCUUUAACUAUUAUUACAAAUGUAUCUUGCAUAAAAUUUAUCUAAGAUGAAAAUGGAAACUAAACCGUAAAAGGCAGUUUCUUUUUCUGCAUUAUUAUCAUUUGGUUUCUUGGGUUUCUUUCAUUAUGUUAUGAUUGACCCUUUUUUUUUUCAAUACCAGACUAACUAAAAAAAUGUUCUUUUAUGAUGGACUUAUUGCCAGAUAUUCCUGCAUUUGCUAGCUAGUAUGAAUGGCUCCCCUGCAUAAAUCUUGCUUGAAUUGAAAUUUUUUAUGGUUCAGUCAUGGUAAUGCAUAUUGAAAGCUUGCAACUUCUUUGGGUCGGUUGUUAUUCUUAAAUAUUUUGUUUUUCUCUUAGUUGCAGUAGUCUUCUAUUUAGGGCGGCGCACCCGCUUCCGGAUCUCCUCAAGAACUCGUCCCCACACCUGCUUCCUAAGUGUUUUUUACUAAAUUUUUUAAGAGACCGACUUCCAUGUACCCGUAAUUGUAUCUGUUGCCUGUGAUGUGUGAUGUGUUUGGAUUUUGGAAUUUCAAAGAUCCAAGAUGAGUUGACGAGGUUUGUAAUUUAUAGAUUGCACCAAGGUGCUACAAUUAAUUUCUAUCAUGGGACAUCAAGGUGCUACAAUUCGAGAGGAAAGCACUGGUAAAAAAUGUUUUAAUGUUAGAUCUAUCUUGAGGUUAAAGCAUCUGCAGAAAAUGGCAACAUGGACUGGCAAGGAAGCUCCAGUUCGUCCUCUGAGUGCUUUCUUUGGCCGCCUCUUGGCUGCUCAUGCAGAGGCUGCUGGAGCUCCUCUAGAUCCAUUUCUUUUUCCUUGUGAAAGAUGCGAAACCAUUCUACAGCCUGGUUAUAACUGCACUGUUCGAAUUGAUAAGAAUGAGAUCAAAGCAUCCACCCAGAACAACAUUAUUUACAAAUGCCAUUUCUGUUCUCACCGGAACUUGAAAGGGGGCACACCAACAGGCCAUGUGAAAGAGCUACUAGCUACAAAACCAAGAUGCAUUUCGAUCUCACAACCCCGUAGGUCGACAGAUAAGAAAGCAGGAAAUGGUAUGAAAGAUUCGCUAGCUAAGGGGGAAUUAUAUAAGAACAAGAAAGAAAGCAUUUAUCUGAAUUCGAAAUCUGUUUCUGCAUCAGAAAUCACUAGUUCUGGGGAAAUUGAAGCAGCUAAGGAUCUUAACAAGAACAGAAAGGUGACACCUAUGGAGAAAACUCACAUGAUCUUAUCAAAGAAGAAAAGCAAAGUGGGUAUAUCAGGAUUAGACAGAGAAGAUGCUAGUGAGGGAAAAAUUCUUAGUAAGUUCAAGAAAAGUAGGAAAGCCUUGUGUAAUUUGAAGGAGACUCCAAAAAGUAGUGAGUACAAAACCCAAAAAUGCAGAAGCAGUGAUAAUCUAGUAAUUCCUGUGGAGAAAAAGAGUAGUAUCUUGUCAAAGAGGAAAAGGAAAGCGAGCGUAUCUGAGUCAGACAUGCAUACUGCUAAAAAUUGCUUUGUUGCAACAGCUUCAGAUAAAGCCAGAGGAACUAAAAGGAAAAGGAGGAAAUUGUUACAUGUUACGGAUGAGAUUCCCAAAAUUAGUGAGCAUCAACCCUUACUGAGUGUCCACAAUAAGGAGAGUCCAGCCACUCCUUCAGAGAAACUUGGUGAAAAAGCAUCAAAGAAGAAAAAGAAAGUAAGUGUAUCAGGCUCAGAUAAGCAAUCUGCUUGUCAUAACAGUUCUGCAGCAACAGAUUCAGGAAAAUCUGUUGGUGGGUCCUGCAGAAGGAAGAGAAAACUAUGGUAUAGUCUGAGAGAGAUUGCUGAAAGAGAUGAACAUAGAAGCACUCCGAGCAUUAGCAACUUAGCAAAUCCAUUUCCAUUGACACCUUCACGUGAUGCGCCUAUUGUGAAGCAAAAAGAACAAGAUUGUAGCAUGAAGCUUCUGAAUAAGCAAGCUAAGCAGAAAAAGACUGCCAGGUCUGACAAAAAAUUAAGCUCAAGCAAAAUGCCUAAUGGAAAAGGGAAAAUGAAGUGCAAAGAGGGACAAAGUGCACAGGCUUCGGUUUCAAGCACAAGUAAUGAACCUAAGAGUUGUGUACACCAAACUGAUGCUAUAGGCGGGUAUCAUAGAAACUUGGUCAGUGGCAGGAGUAUGAAUUGUCUUUCUACCAGGAAUAGCAGUGACUUUCAUUUUAUGAGUCAGCAAUCUGCACCUGUUAUGACUGCCCAUGAACUUCAGUGUUGCAAUCUGAGCUCCAAUGCAAGUGCUGGGCUACAACCUCCUAUUGCAAUGGCUGGCCAUCACCCUCACUGCUUAAGCCCGGGAUCCAAUAUGGCUUAUACCCAACUUUCUCCAGUUGUGGCUACGAAUCAACUUUGCUAUUUAAGUCAGGGUCCCUGUGUGAGUGCCACAACGCAGUCUCCCAUGAUAAUGCCCAGCCAUCAACAUCACUGUUUAAGCCAGGUAUCCAAUGUGGCUGCUAUGCAACAAAAUCCUGCUGUUAUGGCAUCUGAUCAACUUCAUUUCUUGGCGCUGGGCCCCAACAUGUCUGCUGUGCAACAAUCUCCAAUUGCUAUUGAUGGCCAACAAGUUCACCAUUUGAGUCAAGUGUGCGAUAGAAGUGCUAUGCUGCAGUCUCCCAUUGCCAUGGCUGGCCACCAACUUCACUGUUUAGGCCAGGGACCGAACAUGACUAUUAUGCAUCAGUCUCCAGUUGCUAUGGCUGCACAUCAACUUCAUAUUUUGGGUCAAGCAUCCAACUUGCACUGUUUGCAGCAAUCUCCUGUAGUCAUUAGUGGCCAUCAAAUUCACCAUUUGAAUCAAGAAUCCAGUGGGGAUGCUAUACUUCAACCUCCUGCUUUUGUAACCGACCAUCCACUUCACAGUUUAAGUCAGGAGGCUUUGAUGGUUGCACAACCAGGACUAUUUCCACAUUAUAGAGACAUCACUGGCAGUAGUUGCUAUCUACAAGGGCAGGAUGGAACUUCUGCUCUAGGACUUUACCACUUGGGCCAGGUUCAGGGAAUGAUUCCAGUUGGCGCAGUGAACCCUGAAGGUCCUCAUGGCAUCAGUUCCCUUGACCUUAAUAACCCUGGCCAGGUGGUGCUUCAUCAUCAUGGGUGGUUGUAGUGUUAUUGACAGUGUUUCGCAAUUUACGGAAUUGUAAUGUUGGCAAAAUUUUGUGGAAUAUAUCUUAUUUAGUUCCAACUGAAUGUAGUCUGCAGUUUAUCAGGUUAUUUUUUUUUUUUUGGUACACCGGCUCCUCGCACCAAAUGUAUAUAAGUACGACUACUAAAAUGAGAAAAAAAAAUGGCUAAGCGAGUAGGGAACAUCCGUCUGGUUCACCCAAAGAAAACCUCCGGAGUGAUGCGCCGUGUAGGAGGCCCCCGGUCAGCAACUGUGUUAGCCUCCCGAUAAACAUGAGUGGCCCCGAAGGAGCCACAGUCCCCUGCCAUUCGCCGAUUAUCAGUUUAAUUACAUGAUGAAUUCUGAAUUGAUUGCUAUCAUACAGUAUCCCUUCUUGAAAAUAGAUGUUGCUGCAGAGGUAAAGCAGGCCAACGUGACCUAGAUUGAGAAGCUGAGAGUAUGGCUUGUUGCUGUAGGUUACAUAAGAUAUGGCAUGAGUUGAAGCUUGGUCAUCUUUUUUCAGUCUUUGUAUUGUUUGAUUUCUAAUUUGCACAUUUAUCCGUUGGACUGUA